CAAGCGGUUCCCAGGAUGAAGGGGACCCGGAGCAGGGAAGGAUGAAGCUGAGACACAGAGUAUCGGUUUGGUGCCUCUGUCUGCUUUGUCCCGACUGUCUUCGUGAAGGAUAGGUCUCAACUGUGAUCCAGACUCGUUGAGGACCAAGAGACAAAAUGACAUCCCAGUUGCACUCGUCAAGGAGUUCUGGAGAUGAAGGAAAAGAUGCUGUACUCCAAAAGGAAAGACCCUACAAGAUCUUUUUCAAAGAUCUCUUCGUUUUCAAAGAAAAUGAAAUUGCUGCCAGGAAGAAGGAGAGAAUGAGGAACCACAGCAUGAAAAUCUACCAGAAGACAACGUUUUCGUCCCGAAUGAAGAGUCGCUCACACCUUGGCCAGUUAGCUUUUUUCGCUGAUGCAGGCGGCACCUCCUAUGAACGUCUGGGGCUAGAUCCCACUCUUAUUCUCAGACUGACAGAAGGUGCAGACAGAAAGAGGACCGUCCAUGAGUUUAUUAACGACCAGAGAGACAGAUUUCUACUUGAGUAUACAGUGUCAACCAAGAAAAAGACAAUCAAAAGGUUUGAAAGACUCAUAGCCAUAAAAGAAAGUCAACUCAAAAAAGCCGAGAAAAAGCUCCAAGAUGACGCAUUGUCCUUUGAAGAGUUCCUACGAGAAAACGACCAGAGAUCCGUAGAUGCUCUCAAAAUGGCAGCACAAGAAACAAUAAACAAACUCCAGAUGACAUCAGAGCUCAAGAAAGCAAGCAUGGAAGUUCAAUCAAUAAAAAGUGAAAUAGCAAAAACAGAGUUCCUCCUCAAGGAGUACAUGAAAUAUGGAUUCUUCCUGUUGAAGUUGUCUCCGAAACAAUGGCAAAUACAGCAAUCACAAAAAAGGGCCCAGUCGUCCAAAAGCAACCACAUUCUUCCAAAAAUCUUGGAAAAAUUCUCGAUAAGUACAGCUAAAAGAAAUAACAGCAUUGACUCGGACAGGACAGAAAGGACAUCGGUUUCAGAAGAUCGGAGUUCAAGGCGAGGAAGCCAAGGAGGAAGACACAGGAAACCUACUUCGGACCAAGACUCUAGGAAGUCAGCUGUGUUCACUCGGCCUGAAAGCAUGGCCUCCGAGGACAGUUUGGAGUACUUCUUAGAGGACGAGAUAGUGGAGUUUGAUCUGCUGCCAGAGAUUUAUUUCAAGGAGCCAGAGGAGUUACUGCAGGUCUUCACGGAGCUGGAAGAGCAGAACCUCACCUUGGUCCAGUAUUCCCAAGAUGUGGAUGAGAACCUCGAAGAUGUCAACAAAAGAGAAAAAUUUAUACAGGAUAAGAUAAACAGCAGCAUCUCCUUCCUGCUGGAGCACAAACAUAUGCUCAGGAUGAACUGUGAACGAGAGGAGGAGAAGGCAGCGGAGCUGGAGCUGAGGUCCAGACUCUUCAGUUUUGGAGAAUUCAAUUCUGAUGCUCAGAAGCAGGUAAUCCUGAGGCAGGAGCCUACAUGGAAAGCGAUUUACUUUGCUGAGAAAUUUAUUGAGUUCCUCUUGACGAAUAUCAGCCAUCCCGUGGCGAAAAUGGAUCCCUUUCAUCUCCCGAAAUACAUUAUCUACCAACUCAAGAGACUGCAAAAUCAAGUAAAACAUCGAAGUGGCGAGGAAAAGCUAAUAGACUCACUUAGUAGAAAGAUCAAUCAAGUGUAUAGAGUCUGCAUCGGAGAUGCUGAGGUUGGCAGCUUGAAUGCAGUUCAAAAACUGGUCAAAGUAGAGUCUCGCCUGGUGGAGCUGAGCGACCUCAUUGAAUCUAUUCCCAGAGAACAUGUGGAAGCAAUCGAAAGGAUUAAACAGAAGGAGCGACGGCAAAAGCUGCGUGAAGAGAAGAUGAAAGAAAAGCAGAGACACCAGGAGGAGCGGCUAAAAGCUGCUCUGGAAAGAGCAGUGGCACAACCCAAGAAGAAGUUGGGAAGACGACUUAUCUACCGUUCGAAACCUCAUUCUGCGAACAAACACGAGCUCCUUUUAGUCGGUGAUACAAGAUCAAAAUCACAGGACGAAGAGUAUUUUUUUAGUUGAACAGGAUAAAGAUACUUUCUUAGCGAAUGUUUUACGUGGAUGUUGGCUUUGUGUUGCAAUACUGCCCUAACAAAUUCCAGGGCCGCACUAGACCUUUACCUGGAAGUUUACAGGACUAGGAACAGCAACUAUUUUCUGCUGCAACUAUUUAUUAUUCACUAGUACAGUCCAUGAGCUAAGCAAUACUGUACUUUAGGUUGUCCCUAUAUGUGUCUGGAUAUAUGUCCCCGUUGGAGACAAAUAUCCAAAGUCAAUUUAUUGACAUAACAUGAAGCAGGACUUACAGUAGAAUGGUCUCCCUCAAAGCAUGAGAAUUUUAAUAUUUUCUAAAUAAGGAAGUUUACAGCUUUGAAUGUACAUUUUUAAACUGUAUUAUUCUUAAAACAACCGGACAGGUUUAAAGCUUAAAAACGAGUAGUCUAUGGUCUCAGAACAAUCAUGAGACUGGUUUUCUUUCACAUUAAGCUCUGAAAACCUUAUCAGAAAACUUUUAAGUGAACAAAAUCAUACAUCUUCAGCUUAAAUAUCAAUUUGUAUUGUCUUAUCUCCAUAGUUAUUUCAAUUUUCAUGUUUUGAAAUAUACAUUUAGUCUAUAUCAAUAUAGAAAUAAUGAUUUAUUAAUACUAAGAAAAUGUCUAACUUUCUGCAUGUUAAAAGUGGUUUGGAAACCUUAAACAACACAGCAGCUUUUAUGAGGUCUCAGUUAAAUCGGCAGUGGGAUUACAAAAAAGUCCCUUGAAUUAAAACUGGGAGGCUUUUAAAACUUUAGUUCUAAGAAUUAUCCAUCCAUUGUUUUAACAUUUGCACUUUGCAUAUGUCUGCAUAUAAACAGUCCACAAGUCAAGUUGAAAAAAAACACCCCAAAUCUUUAUUGUAUAGAAAUACAUAUAUAUAAAAAAAAAAAAUCCAAAAUUCCAAGAUGCUAUUCUCUCAUUUCCCCAUCUUCCUCCUCCUCUUCAACGCCUCUGAUGUAGAGGACAUUAUUACACCUGUAACAGAAAACACAGUCCAUUGUGAGCUGCACUCAGAACCCAUGUAUGAUUAAAUCCUCACUGCUCCAUCAUCAGACUGGACACUGGACUCACAGCUUGCCACUUGUCCUGUUAGUCCUAUACAGAUGUAUUAAAGGCACACCACACAUUUUUACCACCAUCAUCACAAUUCAUCUCUAUGACUUAGAAUGAAGGUAGUUGCUGAUACCAGACAGAGAGUACAACAGAAAUCCUUAGCAGCUGGACUCAACUAAAAUUCAAAUUUAAAUCCCUGUAACCCAUGACACUGAUACAGGUUAUAGCUGGAGCCAGGAAAUGUAAAUCAACAGUAGGAAAACCUCAAAUAUAAACUGAAAUCUUCCAAAAUGAUAAGUGAUUUCAAAGGUUUCUGAAAUCUAGUUGUAGAGUAUUUAAUGUUAAAUGUUUAAUAGGACUAAUUUAUUUCAGCAGAUAUUUCUGAGGUUAGUUAGAACUCCUUUCAUACACACAAAUAAGUCUGUUACCUUAUUAGAACUUCACCCAGAUGUCCAGACAAUGCCCCAUCUAUGUAUUCUUCUGUAUUUGCAAGCUUUAGACAAAAAGAAAGAUAUUAGUAUAACUGCACAGGAGGGAAGAGUGCAGCAUCCCUACUCGGUGAGGACUCAGUGAUGAGACCACUCUACACCAACAACUCACGCUGUAUCGUAACAGUAACUCUUAAGAUUAGCUUUCUAUCACUCUUGUAUCUUUGGACUUCAUAUAUUAAGACAUGCAUGGGUAUAGAACUAAUGUAUAAUAAAGCUUGUUUCAAAGUUAUUAAGCCUCCUAGAUGUUAUUUCUAUCUGCUAUCAAAGUGUCUCAA